UGCGCCCUGCCCCCACCCCCACCUCACUCGGCUUUACUCAGCUCGACCAAACCCACCUCGCGAUCCAAGGGACAGCCUGACCUCCCCUCCUCCAGCACCCGCCGCCGCCGCCGCGUCGAGAGGGAGGACUAGCAAGAUGUCAACUGCAACCGCUCCAAGACUGUGCUUUCCUAAAUCCGGCGCCAGUUCCCGGGCCAUUUCUCCGGCGAUCAGGAGCCCUUCCUUCGUUGGUUAUGCGAAGCAAGCAUCGAGCAAGUCGAGCCUAAGGACCUCCAACAGGUUCAGGGCGUCCGCAACCGCCGUGCACAAGGUCAAGCUCAUAGGCCCGGACGGUGUGGAGCAUGAGUUUGAUGCCCCUGAAGACGCCUACAUUCUCGAGUCCGCCGAGACUGCCGGGGUGGAGCUGCCAUUCUCGUGCCGUGCUGGAUCAUGCUCCACAUGUGCGGGCAAGAUGUCAUCGGGAGAGGUCGAUCAGUCGGAAGGAUCCUUCCUUGACGAUAAUCAGAUGGACGAGGGAUAUCUUCUGACCUGCAUUUCAUACCCCAAGGCGGAUUGCGUCAUCCACACCCACAAGGAGGAAGAACUCUACUAGGUUGUGCUCUUUUUAUGCUUCUGUGGAAUGUUUGCUGAUUUGAAAAAAUGGAUUCGCUGUUCAGUUAGCUUUUGCUAUCCUAAACAAGGGCAUAUCUUUGUAUUAGUCGUUUGAUGGGACCGCUCCCAGUGAGUUGUGAGUUUGUGACAAUAAUAAUUGUUGUAAUCUUUCAGCAUUUCAAACUGCUUUUGCUCAAUUCA